AUGGUGGGGAUAAAUCUGGAUAUAAUGAGCCACAUGCUCAACAUUGAUGAGAAAUAUCCCCCCAAGAGGCAGAAGCAUCGACCAAUGAAUACAGAGAGCGAUCUCAAUAACGCUUGUCCAAAGGAUAGUUUCCCGCUUCUGAUGAUUGAUCAGCUCGUCGACGCCACAGCAGGACACGAGCUCCUAAGCUUCAUGGAUGCAUAUUAUGGCUACAACCAUAUACAAAUGUUUCACCUUCAUAAGGAGUAUACAACAUUCAUCACUAACAGAGGCAUGUACUGCUACAAGGUAAUGCCUUUUGGCCUCAACAAUGCCAGAGCCACUUACCAAUGUCUUGUCAACAAAAUGUUUGUUGAUCCAAUAGGAAAGACUAUGGAGGUGUACAUCGGUGACAUGUUGGUAAAAAGCAGAAAAUCUAAGGAACAUGUGGAACACCUCAAGAGGAUGUUUAAGUUCUAA